AGGACAGUUGCUCACCACGUGCGAUCCAAACAACUAGAAAAAAAAAUCAAAAGGAAAGCACGUUCUUGGGUUGGGUUGAGAUGGAGAUGGGGAAGGAGACGGCGAGGGUGGUGGUGCUGGCCGUGAACGGCGUGCGGCGCGAGGCGGCGGGGGCGGACGUCCACCCGUCCAUGACGCUGCUGGAGUUCCUCCGCACCAAGACGCCCGUCCGGGGGCCAAAGAUCAGCUGCGGCGAAGGUGGAUGCGGCGCAUGCGUGGUGCUCAUCUCCAAGUACGACCCGGCCACCGACGAGGUGACCGAGUUCUCGGCCAACUCCUGCCUGACGCUCCUCGGCACACUGAGCCACUGCUCGGUGACCACCAGCGAGGGCAUCGGCAACACCCGUGAUGGCUACCACCCCGUCCAGCAGCGCCUCUCCGGCUUCCACGCCUCCCAGUGCGGCUUCUGCACCCCCGGCAUGUGCAUGUCCAUCUUCUCCGCGCUCGUCAAGGCAGACAAGCCCGGCCAUGCCGCCCCGGCGCCGCCGGCUGGGUUCUCCAGGCUCACCUGCUCGGAGGCCGAGCACGCCGUCUCGGGCAACCUCUGCCGCUGCACCGGCUACAGGCCCAUCGUCGACGCCUGCAAGAGCUUCGCCGCGGACGUCGACCUCGAGGAUCUCGGCCUCAACUCCUUCUGGAAGAAAGCCGCCGACGACCGUGCCGACGUUGGCAAGCUGCCGCAGUACUCCGCCGGCUCUGUCUGCACAUUCCCCGAGUUCCUCAAGGCCGAGAUCAAGUCCAACAUUGGCAAGCUGCCAGAGCACUCCGCCGGCUCCGUCAGCGACGAUGGCUGGUACUACCCCAGGAGCAUCCAGGAGCUCGACAACCUCUUUGACGCCAACUGGUUCGAUGAAACUGCAGUCAAGAUCGUGGCGUCCAACACCGGCGCCGGAGUGUACAAGGAGCAAGACCUCUACGAAAAGUACGUCGACAUCAAAGGGAUUCCGGAGUUGCUGGUCAUCGACAGGAGCAGCAAGGGGGUGGAGAUCGGGGCAGCCGUGUCCAUCUCCAAAGCAAUCGAGGUCUUCUCGGACGGCACUACUCCGGUAUUCAGGAAGAUCGCCGGCCACCUCGGCAAGGUGGCCUCGCCGUUCGUCCGGAACACGGCGACAAUCGGUGGCAACCUUAUCAUGGCGCAGCGGCUUCGGUUCCCGUCGGACAUCGCCACCCUUCUCCUCGCCGCCGACGCCACGGUCACCAUCCACACGGCGUCCAAGACGGUCUGCCUAUCACUGGAGGAGUUCCUGGAGCAGCCUCCCUUUGAUGCCAAGACCAUUCUGCUCAGCAUAUUUGUCCCUGAUUGGGGUUCAGAUAGUGUCAUCUUCGAGACCUCCAGAGCAGCCCCGAGGCCGUUCGGCAAUGCCGUGUCCUAUGUCAACUCUGCAUUCCUGGCAAGGACUUCAGGUGAUGCAGCAUCGGGAGACCUCAUCAUCCAGGAAAUCUGCCUCGCAUUUGGCGCUUACGGCGGCGUCGCCAUCCGGGCUCGGAACGUUGAGGAGUUCCUCAAGGGGAAAUCAGUGAGUGCACCUGUGGUACUUGAAGCAGUUCAGUUGCUGAAAGAUGUUAUCAGACCGUCACAAGACACCACGCACCCUGAGUACAGAGUCAGCUUGGCUGUGGCUUUCUUGUUCAGUCUCCUGUCUUCACUUGGCAAGGACCUCAUUGAACCGAGAAAGGCUAUUACGAAUGGUUCCACCGAGUCCUCGCCGGAGGUUGCCACUGAUAAUUUACCUAUUCGGUCAAGGCAAGAGCUGAUUUUCAGCGAGAAAUACAAACCAAUCGGGAAGCCAAUCACGAAAGCUGGGUCAGAGUUACAAGCUUCAGGUGAGGCUGUCUAUGUUGAUGACAUCCCUGCUCCCAAGGAUUGCCUAUAUGGAGCAUUUAUCUACGGCACACACCCUCAUGCUCAUAUAAAAGGUUUCAAC